CACAGGCGCGCUCCCGCGCAUACAAGCACGCACCCCCCCCCCACCCCCAUCUCUCUCUCUCUCUCUCUCUCUUUCUCUCUCUGUGAGUCUCUCUCCCUCCCACUAAUCUCACCUACUCCUCGCCCGGUCGCCUCGAGCCCACCCGUGGGAGUUAACGAAAGGAGAGGAAGGAAAAGGAAGGAGCGAAGGAGCGUGCUGCCGGGGGGGGACACGCGUCUCAGAGGAGAGCGAUAUAGUUUUUCUUCUUGAUCUCUGGUCGAUGGAUUUGUCACUGACGAUACAACAACAUUUUAGCUAGAAAAUCGAGUGAAGCAUGGGUGACUGGAGCUUUCUUGGGCGGCUGCUGGAGAACGCUCAGGAACACUCCACUGUGAUUGGAAAGGUGUGGCUGACCGUUCUCUUCAUCUUCCGCAUCUUGGUGCUUGGCGCAGCGGCCGAAGAGGUUUGGGGCGACGAGCAGUCCGACUUCACCUGUAACACCCAGCAACCCGGUUGCGAGAACGUCUGCUACGACGAGGCCUUCCCCAUCUCCCACAUCCGCUUUUGGGUGCUGCAGAUCAUCUUUGUCUCCACGCCGACCCUCAUCUACCUGGGCCAUGUGCUGCACAUCGUCCGCAUGGAGGAGAAGCGGAGGGAGAGGGAGGAGGAGCUCCGGAAGGCCGGGCGGCACCAGGAGGACCACGAUCCGCUCUAUCACCUCGGAGCCGCUGAUGGGGGAGGAAAGAAAGAGAAGCCGCCAAUCCGCGAUGAGCACGGGAAGAUCCGCAUUCGCGGGGCACUGCUGAGGACCUACAUCUUCAACAUCAUCUUCAAGACUCUGUUUGAGGUUGGCUUCAUCCUGGGACAGUACUUCCUGUACGGCUUCCGCCUGAGGCCGCUCUACAAGUGUGGCCGCUGGCCCUGCCCCAACACCGUGGACUGCUUCAUCUCCAGGCCCACUGAAAAGACAAUCUUCAUCAUCUUCAUGCUGGUGGUGGCCUGUGUCUCCCUGCUCCUCAACCUGCUGGAGAUCUACCACCUGGGCUGGAAGAAGGUCAAGCAGGGGGUCUCCAACGAGUUCGCCCCCGGCGGGGAGUCUCCGGCGCUGAUCGGGGACGAGCCCGGGGACCCGGAGACGAUCCGCGAGCAGACGUACCCGCGGACGCUCGACUGUUUGCCGGUGUACGCCACCGUGAACGUGGCAGGGGUCGGGGCUGAAGAGGGAGGAGCCUACAGUUCGACCGAAGCCUGCGCACCAGUGGUGCCCGCCAGAUUCAAGAUGGACGCCGCGUUGUUCCACCCAGACGACUUCCUGUUGGACUCGCUGCCUACGUCUUUUCACGCCGGGAAAGGGAGUGACGGGUGCCGCGAGCAGCGGAUGGAGACGGAGCAGAACUGGAGCAACAUGUCGCUGGAGCUCCACAAUCGGGAAGGGAAGGAAUCCUCCUCCUCCGCCUCCUACCCGUCUCCCUCUCCUCCCACAUCCGCCUCUUCCUCUCCCCGAGAGGAUACCGCCCCGCCACUUCCACACGGGGAGCAACACUCCACGUUUCCUACACUUCCGCGUCACACCCCCCUGUCUCCGCUCGCACCUGAAGAGGCGGCGGCGGACGAGGACACGUCCCCUCAUACGGCCCUCCACGACAACUUCACCGUGGUUAUCAAGGCGGAGAUGCAUCCGCCUCCCACUUCUGCCACGAGAGACGUCCCAAAGCCCAGUCGGUCCGGCAAGAGCGGCGGUGUCCGAGCUCGCCCCGACGACCUGGCAGUGUAGAUAAAACACACACACACACACACACACACACCCCAUCACGCAUUCACACAACCACGCAGACAUGCUGUCUACACACAGGAAACCUACACGAGCAUUCUUUUUUUCCACAUAUGCUUAAAAGCAUUAAAACACACGCACGCACGUCCUCCAGUGAAAGACGAUUCUGCAAGGACACAUUAGGCUGGAGGUGGCUGCUUAUUUUAAAUAUUGUAAUGUCACACAUAUGAACAAUAGGGAGAGGGACAGAAAGAGUUUGGCCAGACAUGAGCCCCUGGACUCAUAAGUGCGGCGCUGCAGAAAUCUCCUAGCAACACACCUGGGGUCAUUUCUGCACAGAUCUCUAACUUUAUCCAACGUUUAACAACAUUCAAAAGGCUUCUUUGUAUCAAACUGGAGGGAAAAUGGAAAAUAAAUGAUUGGCGGCUGUUUCCCCAGGCCUCCAGUCUUUAUGCUAAGCUAACCGACUUGUGGCUCUGGCUCGUUAGUUAGGAAGACAUUCUAGCAAAUUGUCAAAUUCUGUAAAACCGUUAAGUUGAACAUACAAUCAGCACUAAGGGUCUCCAACAUCUCCAGAGGAUGUAUUAUAGCGGCUACAUUUAAAAAAAAUUAAGAGCAAACAUUGCUGCCACUGACUGAACUGGCCAAACUCUAACUUUGCUUUGGAUAAGGACAGGGAAGGCAUAUAGGGAAUCACUAACACAUUCUCACUCACACACCUGCAGUGUGUACAUAUACACACAAACAAAUAAGGAAAGGUUAUUGUGAUGAUGAUUGGACUAACUAAUACGUUUUUUUGGGAGCGUAGCGGCAGCAAUGAUUUCCAUCUUAUCUUCCAUUUAUCUUUGCCGGCACAAAUCAGAGGAGAGGUUUGCACUUUUUUCCCCUUGUUUUUUCUUUUUUUCUUUCUCCGUCACGUGAUGAUGGAGCUGACCGGUCGGUGGCGUCGCGUUGGGUGUGUCCGUGUGCGCUCAGCCGGCCUGUAGUUUCAAUGAAGAGAGGGACGCGGUGACAGGCGGGCGGUAAAGCAGCCCCCCACUGAGACAUACCGAGUCCUUAGGGCUCACAGGCUGUCUGUGUGUGUGUGUGUGUGUGUGUGUGUGUGUGUGUGUGUGUGCGCGCGUGCGUUACCUUCAUCUUGUUUUAGUGUCUACACAAUGACAUCUCUGGAGUUGCAUCGGAGCAAACUAUAUAAAGUAUAUACAUAUGUAAAUAUAUAAUGAUUGAUAGUGUUGACAGGCACCACAGGAUGUUAUACAGACCUACCUGCAUUUUUUUUUAAGUUUCUGGUCAAGCUGCAAAUUUAGAGCGACUUUUACAGAGAAAAUGAAGUGCUUUAGAGAUUUCUUCUGGCGCUGACCACGGGUCACUUUAUGCAAAAAUGUUCGAAGACUCGAGGUAAUUUGCUAAAAGAAUCCUUAAUCCAUAUUUACAGUAGCGCUGCAGCUUGAACAGAGCAUAAAAAUCAGUACGCUUCUUUCUGAUGCUUGAGUUUGCAGUGUGAUACAGAACUGUCGAGUUCCCCCAAGCUGCUCGCUAUAGGAGGACUCCUAAGUUCUUUUCCUAGACUAGCUGUAGAUUACACGGUAGCUUUAGGUUUUUGUUGAAAAAGAAAAAGGAAAGCAAUAUGAUCCAAAAAAAGAAGUGCUAACUUGUAUUUCUCUGUCAGUUCUUAACAGCAAUCCCACAUGUUUCCUGUUCUUCUCAAUAAUUCCUGCCAACUACAAAAGGCAAAGAGCAAAUGGAUUAUAUGAAUUCCCUUCCCUGCAGGCUUGAUUUAUCAAAUUAUAUUAUAAAUGUGUUAAAGGGUAUAAAUAAAUAAAAAUAUAUCCUUUUAGGCAAGUUAACUAAGCAGAGUGGUGCAAAGGAUUUGUAUUUCUGAGUUUCUCCCUCUGCAGAAUACAAGUUGAUAAUACUUAAAAUAAUACUGCUAAGAUAGUAAAAUGGCUACUUCAUAUCACCUGUGCCUAAAUAGCAUUUGAGCAUAGAAAGCACAAACCAACAAAUGAAAGUAAAGAGCGAUUCCACAUGUUUGCAUUUCAAUACAAACAAAAGUAUUUCUUUCUUUUUUCAAGUAAGCUUUUUGUUUAACUAAAUCUCAGUCUUUGUGCUUUCUGUAGUCUCGCUCAGGUCGGGUUAAUUGUUUUACCAGCAGGUAAGUAACCCAUGACAUUGUCUCAUAGGUUCAUACUCCUCAGAAGACUAUAAUGCUGCAUGAGUCCGAUGUUAGAGGGACUCCGUUAAUGUUUCUCUCUCAAAUCUUUGUACUAAAAAUGCAUUCAUGACAAUUUGAAACGUAACCAUCAGCUCAAUGGUGAAUUUAAAGUAUUGGGCUAUUACAGCUUAGGCCAAAGUAAAUUGAGGUAAAGCCAAGUGUUAUUAGCAGAGAUGCUAACUUCUUAAUUGCUAAUUGGCGUUCUCUGUUUUCAGUUCUAAAGUUAUUAAAAUAAUAUUUGGUGGAUUUUUUCCACUCUUGAUGCUAAGUCUCCUGGCCCUGGCUUGGUUUCUAAGGGAAAGCGAUACAAGAGUAGUAAUAAACUAUUCCUUUUACAUAUCCAAUUGUUUAGUUAGGUGUGUCGACCAGGCUACGACUAAAAGAUGCAUAUAUAUAGUUUUGGCAAACUAAUGGCAAAAAACGUUUGACGCAUAGAUGUAGCUUGUAACCAUCCUGUUUCUUCUUAGACUCCGAUGGGUCAUACGACAUUGUUCCCACUGUUUCCACAGACACGUUACAUCGGAUGUAGUCACAUCGUAAGUUAGCUUAACACUCGCUAACGUACCGCUAACGAACAGCUAACGUACAGCUAACACCACAUAAAGAGCAGUUGGCUGCAGGUUUGCUGCCUCCUCAUUUCGUUUGUAGCUUUUAAAGAUAUUUGAGAAAGGACGGUUUGGCUGGUUGCCGACAUGUUCUAUGAGAGUACAUGAAUUACCGUUGGCCAGAAAAGAAUCUCAACGUUCCUUUUUGUUUACUCUUUCCCCGCGAGGCUUUGUGCCACAUCAAAAUAACUUUUGGCGCAAUUUAUUUGGACGUACACAAUGUUUUUGACGUUGUGAACAUGUAGCCAAAGGAUGAUCCGUAUUUUGAAUUCUUGAUUUGAAAGUGUGCGAUUUCAAACUUGUCAUGAAUGCAACCGUUUAACUUCCAGCAUCCGGAUGGAUUGUUUGCGGUUACAUGUACUAAUGCACGUGUCUCUUAUCAACCGAGGUGCCCAAUAGGCGACUUUAGCACACUAUGGCAGCUGAAGCGCUUAAUAUAUUAUUUAUUUUUUAGAGAAGAACUUAUUCGCUGUGAUGUGUAAGAUGUGAUAAAAUAUAUUUAACAAACCAAAAGCUAUUUGUGCCAAAGAUAUUACUAUAUGAAGGAUACAUUUUUAGAGAGCCAGUUCAACCACCCUUCUGGGAAAGGACAACUAAAAUAAACAAUAAAAUAUAAAGACGUUGCGUCGAGCUUCGUCUCUAAAAGAGAACAAGGUUCAUUUUACUAAUUUCUAUAGCCGAAGAUGUUUUUCAUAACCUUGUUGUACCAAGCUGUUCUUAGUAUCUUUGAAAUGUAGAUAAAGAAUUGCACAGUUAGUUAUAGGCCACAAGAAAUAAAAGGGUGUCCUUGGAGGAGGGAUAUUAACAUAUUUUUGUUUAUUUAUGGGAACAACACAAUCAAAUUGGACUUGGGAUGGACCAGAAAUUAACCUAAAGUAAUUGUUCUUCCUGUCCUGAACAUCGAUUGAGAGACUAUUGGCUAUUCUGACUUUUACACCCCGGAUGUGCCACGAAUCGUAAAGAAAUCGAAAGGACACAAGUCGUUGUGUGAUGGGGUUGCCGUGGCGCCCCAACAUGCCGCUAUCACUCCCGUCGUAAAGCGACUGUCUUUGAAGAGAAGUGCCUUGCGUCUGAACCUUUUCGUUAAGGAACAUGUUGAUGUAAAUGUUCAUUUACCUCAGAUGUUUACAGAAUUGUUACUGAAUAAACUUUUUUUGUACCAAUAA